CACUUACAGGCAUCUCAUAAGAGAGACCAGGAUCAAGUUUUAGGCUUUAAUUUUUAACUUUCAAAGUUCGUGUUUGGCUUGAAACAUCUUAACAUGUGUUGCUAAAACAUGAGUCCUAGAAUUUAAUUUAUAUGUUGUGAUUUUGAAGUCAGAUUUUCGCUGCGCAACGUGGUGGAAUUUCCCGGAACUACAGCUGAAAAAUCACCAUAAACCUAGGUAUACUUUAUCGAUGACCAUGGCAACACGAAGAGAUCGAUAUUGUGCGAGAGAGUACUUGACGCGCGGUGCUGAAGAGGCAAGGGUGAAUUAUCGAUCGUGGCACGCGCGGCGUGGCGCCCCCGUGAUGAGGAGGAGAGGGGUGGUGCUGUGCUCAUGCUGCUUUGUCCCUGUCAUUCAGUCGGACUUUACCCUUCACAGCAGUGGCUACCCUGUCAGGCUCCGAUUCAAAAACAGAUUUAUGAUGAGAGCAGAUUGAGAUUCCUAGUAUGCAUAUUGUUGCGAACUUAUUGUUAAUCACUACUUUACUCUUAAAAUUAUCCAUCGGCUUUUCCCAUCUUACGUCGACACAGUGACAUGAUAGUUCAGAACGACCGAACCGAAUAUGUCGACCCUGCGGAGGAUAAUGAGGGAAUGUCUACUUGCCCACUUCUCCUUGGAUGCGCAGACAACUGGACUUGGGACAAAGAAAAUCGUAGCCCAGAGGUGCGGCUUCAUGGCCCGGGACUUAGAUACGUCCAAUUCCAUCCUCACUGGAGCAGCGGGACAGCAGGUGUAAGGGGAACUAGAGCUCUGAAUAACGGCAGAUACUACUGGGAACUCCAAAUAUCGCAGAGGAUUUUUGGAACGAGCAUGAUGUUCGGAGUGGGAACAAAACAGGCACGGUUACACGCAGCUUCUUUUGUCAACUUAGUUGGUGAAAAUCAGCAUAGUUGGGGCCUUUCACAUAAAGGUCUUCUAUGGCAUGGAGGCUAUAGAAAAGUUUAUACGAAGCCCUUCAGAGAGAAUGAAGCCACUAUUAUAGGAAUUUUAUUUGAUGGUAUCAAUGGAACUCUUACAUACUAUAAGGACGGUAAAAAUUUAGGUAUUGCUUUUAGUGGUCUACAAGAUGUAAAAGAAGCCCUUUAUCCUAUGGUCUGCUCAACAGCAGCCAAGACAGAGAUGACUUUAAUGUUUAUGAGACGAGACUUUGUAAAUCUACAAGAUAGAUGUAGAGCCGUAAUUUUAAAAACCAUUAACAAUAAUCAACAAACUUUAGAACAAUUACAAUUACCUAGUAUGAUUAAAAACUACCUUUCGGAACCAUUAGGAAGGAAAAAUAGAACGGCAGGAGCAAAUAACAAAAAUAAAAAGGCUGCAAGUCAUUCAAGUUACUACUGUGAUUUUUAGCAGCUGAAUCACCAUGCACGCAGUCUUUAAAAGUGAUGGAAAACCUCCUUUCGAAUUUAUUUCUCUCACCAAAAUGAUAAUAAUGUGUAGGAGGUAUAGUUCAAUUGAAUUUGUAUAAUUAAGUUUUAAUCAUCGAACUGAAUUUUUAAAACCGUUUUUAUAAUUUCUCCCGAACUUUUUAUGCAGCUGAUUUGACGAGGUUGGUACAUGGGUACAUUUUUAUCUGGUUAAACAUGAAUGUGUGUCCUAAAAUCUUCUCAACGUUAUAUGUAGGUAUGUGUGCCGGAAAGAAUAAUAUAAUGGGCCUGUUCGGCUGGUGAGGGGUUGGCUUAAAAAGUUUGCAUUUAGAGUAAAAUUUUACCAGAAGAACGAUGAGCACGAUAAAAACGUUUGAAAAAAAUUUCUAAGGGGAGAAAUGACGAUUUUAAAAUCGUACCACUCAAAAACGCUACCUAUUUGAAUCCGGGCUGUUGGCGCGAACGCUGAAGGCUGACGUCACACAUUAGGUGACCCUUGGUUUAUUUUGAGUUAGUCCAAACAAUAUGGUGCUGCCCGGUUUGUUUCUUAGCUAAAUUUUCUAUUUUUGACACUACAUUGUGAAGCAGGGGUAAAAUUUGACGAGAAAUUCAUUGAAAACUCGGUUUCGUCCGAAACUAACUCCUUCUUGAUGAAAAGAGGCGUUACAGAUCGUGAAUUUUAUUCACCGGGCGACGGCGACUGAGCAUCGGCCAUCGGAACGACGGGCUCGUAAACAAACGGAGAUUGAUGACAGGAAGGAUCCAAACAACUUGAAAUACUUUAAUUGUCUUUAAUUUUAAACCAUAUUUUCGACUUCCACAAAGCAUUUGAUAAUCAUUUCCAUCGUAUUUUACAACUCGGAGCUUCAGUCUGUUGGCUCAUUGUUAAGUGCAUUCUGAAACAGAAAGUCAGUUCUCACAAGUUCAAACCCUGCCAUUCUUUUCUUUGAUCAUUUUCUUUUCAUUUUCGCCUCAAAUACAGUGUUUUGUAGUUUCCUUGUCUAAGUAAAGUAGGUAUAUGUGGUUUUGAAUUCAUGCAAGAGUUUGAAGUUCACCUUGUUUUUAGUAUUACAGCCUCUUGACCCCUCAAACUUUACCGAUAUGAUUUCAUGUAGUUUAAGGUUCCUCUGGUCCCAACCAAGUUACACAUCAAAGAUGUGCCCUGGUUCUUCAAAUUAGCAGUCUAGAAGUAAAGUAGAGACUAUACAAUAACUUAAUCCCGUCCUGCCCCUUUCUUCAGUGUUUGUUCGUGUCUGUCCUUUACGCGUGACCACUCUAGUACAUACACAGGUACUUACUGUAGGUUACAUGGGUAUUAUCGCCUAAUUUUCUAUUAGCAGGACCUUCUCUCAAGAGUCCUAAUUUAUCAAAGGAAUUCCACCAGUUGCAGAUAAUUUUGUGCGUAAUUAAUGAGUGAAUACCUGCUUGUGGUGACUCAAAGUUUCUCAGAUCCGUCUUAAGUGGGUUUUGCAGGUAGGCAAUCACUUUUGCCAGAUAAGAUUCCUGCUCUCGCAGCUUCUCAUUAAAGAAACUUUGAGCUGUGAUUCAUCAAUAAAUGAAACUCAUGGUGUCAUUUAUCAUCAAUCAGUUUAAAGCUACUUCGACUAUGAAUCAUCAAAGGUCCGAUUGAAGAAGAAAUUUUCCGGUGAUAAGUGCUGGUGUGGCUGAAUCGAGAUUACUUCCUAAUAAUCUCGGACAAAAUCGAGUGUUUAAAUGAAUUUCUCGUACAAUUUAACCCCUGAUUCACAAUAUAGUGUCACAAAUAGAAACUUUAACUAAAGAAACAAACCAGGCAUCAGCAGCCAUAUUGUGCGGACUAACUCGCGAAAUAAACCAAAGGGUCACCUAAUGUGUGACGUUUUAAAAUGGCGUCAAGCGCGUGGCGCCAACAAUGAGGAUUCAAAAAGCGUUCCAGAGACCUUCAAUUUUUGGUGUUUUUAAAGUAAGAUUUCUCAGAGGGCUCAAAAAAAUCUGCAUGAAAAAAAAAAUCCAGUUUACUCACUUCACCUAGUGCUUUCAUAGUAUGCAAUUAAAAAAUUCAGUCGAACUGGCCCAUUGAAAUUAUCAGAACCUUCUCAGUUUACUCUGCAGCUUAAUUCACAUCAGGAAUGUACAUAUCUAAUAAAAAAAGACAGCAAGUUUCACCGCAGCUUUUUGAAUAUCAUAGUGAUAAUGCAGGGAAGAGAAUAUUUAAUCUAUUUUAUUUUAUUUUCCUCCCUAACAUAAGCUAAAUGAAAUACACAUCAUAAACCAACCUGUGUUCAAUGUCUCUGUAUAAAUGAAUAAAAUUGAAUCAUAAGUUUGUAUUUAAAAUUAGGGUCAAUUUCUUAAGGUAACCAUCGAAGGCAACAACUAGGUAUCUCUUAAACGUUAUGCUCCACAAAGAACCGAGAUGUUAUGAUCUUAUCCAGAUUUCAAAUGACUUUCCUGUUAAAAAAAUUUCCUAAAUACGUAGGUAUUUCUCAGUUUGAUGCACUCAUCUUCCCUUAUGCAUGUUUUAGUCCACGAUUUUGGAGUUGGAAGGUCGAGCAAUCAAUUAUGUUCCUAGUUCAGUUUCAGUACACUGUUAAAGUUCAAGUUCUAGAAAUGUUUCGUUUAUCUUUGUCCAACCAUUUGUGAAAUUAUCUUUGAAAAUUUAUUUCCUCCAUCAAAGUGAUUCCUGAUUUCACUUUCGCUCUGAAUUAUUUUGGUAAAGGGGUUUGAACCAGUAGUAGGAAAAUGGGAACUUGAGCCCAAAAGUUUUUAGCCAAAUUGUGCAGAAAAAUACGAAUUAAAUUACAGUGGUGUAUGGUGAUUAUUCUUCAAAAUGGCAAACCUAUAAAAAAGAAGUAUUAUAUGUUGCCCCUUCAAUAAGCGGGUUAUGCAAUGGUACAUGUAGCCCCUUCAAUCUGCGGGUUAUGCAAUGGUGUGUGUUACCCCUUCAAGAUGGUGGUUAUGCGACAGCGUUGCCGGAUAGUGCACUUAGAUAAAAUGAUUUAAAUAUCGGUGAAAUUUUGCAACAUAGAACUUUACAGUGUUGCCAGAUGGGGCAAGAAAUUCGGAUUUUUGGACUUCGGUAAAAAAUUUUGGCAUCGAUAGACCGUCUCCUCCAGUAUGGGUCUAGUAUCGGAAACUGGAGAGUAGGGUCUGAUUCGGGAAAUUGAAAAAUUGUCGGAAAAUUGCCCUCCUCCGAUCCGCCGCGGACCGAUGCGAUUCUUUUACACUAUCGAAGAUCGGAAAACUGUGCGGACCGAAUUUUGAUACGACUUUUUGUUUUCGAGAUUUUGGACUUGUAAAAUUUUCGGCAUCGAUAGAGACCGUCUCCUCCAGUACGGGUCUGGUAUCGGAGGCUGGGGAGUAGGGUCUGAUGCAGAAUUUCAAUUUUUAGUGGCGUGGCGGUGGUGUGCGCUUGGAGAUGUGUAUCGGACCUUGUGUUUUGGGACGAGCAAUUGGAAUUGGAUGUUGCUAUGUUCAGUUUGAUGAAUCAAAAAUUUUUAUUUUUAUUCUUUUUUGGUGGAUAUUUACUGUUACAGUUUAAAAAACGCGGACGUUUUCUAGGUUAAAACUUCAAGAAAUAAUGUCAAUUUGCUCUCCUUUAAAAAAAUGACGUAGAGGCGGAGAUUUUCAGACACCGCAAACGAGUUAUGUGAUUGCGGACUUUCACCGUCGAUAUAAUACUUCUUUUUUAUAGUGUUGCCAUAUUGAACAAUAAUCACCAUACACCACUGUAAUUUAAUUCGUAUUUUUUUGCACAAUUUGGCUAAAAACUUUUGGGCUCAAGUUCCCAUUUUCCUACACUUGAACCUGCGUUGUUUAUCACUCUUAGACAACAAGCUUAUUUCUCAGGUUGAAGAAUUAGUGAGUAAGUUGGAAUUUCUCCACAUUUUAGUAGAUUUUUGGCCAUAAAAUUAUCAAUUCAGUAGGUAGGAUCCACGAUAUGAAAUCUUCAUUUUCAUGCAGUUAGUGACACUAUUACCACAGGAAUAUUUUAUCUCACCAUUUUCCGGUUUCAAUAACCAAAGCUUUCUUAUUGAAAAUACUUUCUCUUCUCCUCCUUAUUGGUGCUCUGUUCAAUAGUACAGACAUUUGGCUUCAUUAAACAUGUAAAUAGAAACCGUACCUGCCUGAAAAUGUUUCAGUAAACGUUUAUUUAUUUCUAUCUUCCUUUUAUUUGUUUUAACACCGUCGCAAACGAAAUAAAAAAGGUUUUAAGGAGAAAGAAUGCUUUUGGAUUCUAGUCAGUCGUCACUUAAAAACUAAAAACUAAUGUUCACAAAAUCACGACGGUGUUGAAAAAGAACGAAGCAAGUAGAAAAGGUGCCACGUUCUCACUGGGCGUAAGUAAUGAAGUUGAAUCAGAGGGGAAAAAUGAGGUUUCAAGAAAGUUUAGUUUUAUCUACCCUUAUUUGUUCUGCCUUCUGUUUCCUUUUUACAGCAGGAAAAAAUGUAACCACUGCAACCAAACUGAAAAAUAUACCAACUCUUUUAAAGAGAAUAUUUAAAUAAGUUGGAGAGUUGUAUAAUAUUUUGCAUUGCCACGAAAUAAUGCUGACAUGGAAACCGAUGUAAAGUCAUUAUGCUCCAUUGAGGAGCUUAGCUUAAUUCUAAUUUAGAAGUUUCAACUCAGAAGAUAGAUCUACAUAAAAUGUCUUUCACUUGCAUAGAUAAUUCCCGUUGAAAAUUGAUGUUGUUGUUAUUUUUUACUCUCCUCUUCAAAUUUUGUUGCGUCUACAUGUACAGCAGGUUUUUUUCCGUUUUUCUUGUUUGGAUUAUUGUUGUUUGAGUUACCCAUUCAUAAAAAGUACAUCGGUCUCAACGAUUGAUGAAUGUCAGCUACUCUGAUCUCAUGUUAGUGAAAGUAAGUACCUAUAAUUAGGAUGUAUGUUAUCAAUACGUGUAUCAAUACAUGAAUAAUGUGACUUUUUUGUAUUAUUAAACGCCGUCACAUAGCUGAGCGGUGAUUCUCAAUUCAUUUGAAAUGUGUAUCUAUUGUCUUUUUUAUUUUUUAAAUAUCACAUUAGGCCUAUGAAUGGUUGAGUAUGAGACUGUCUCUUCUUAAAAGGAUACUAAAGUUUCUAUUUUCCUUUAUACCCUUCAAAAUCUUUUAAACGCCUUAGGUAAGUCUAAAACAAUAGUAUUACAUUUUUCAUACCUGCCUCCUUAACCCUACUAAAAAUUGUUGGCAAACCAUUUCAUGUUGGGCUAAUUGCAAAAUUAGCAUUUUAAAAACAUUGUAAAAUCCAACAUUAAUCACUUUUUGCUUUAUACCUAUACCUACGUUUCCUUGAUAUGUUGAUUAUUUCCGAAGAUGUCACACAUUGCAGAUUAAACGUCUGUCCUGAUACUGGAAAA